CAUCCACACUACUGCGUACGAGGGCGGGCCUCGCACUCUGCCUGGGCGCGCAACCCUGCAGCACUGAGGCUCCCACGACUCCCACUCGUCCUGUUCCUAUCUGUCAGAGCCUCGAGGCUGGCUUGCUGCCUUUUUCAUCACAACCCUAGCCCAGUCCAAGCCUGAUUCUAUAUCUACCACUGCCCGCGCAUUCUGGGUUUCUCUUGAUUGACAACAUUCUCGUCCUCGAAAGCAGCCUCUCUCUCGACCAUUCAAACCUCAGUCGAACUCCAUCAUGGACACCCGCAGGCCUCAUAGCCGUGGUCGGUCACAACCGUCCGUCAGAUGGGCCAACUCGCGCAGCCCCUCUCGCUCUCCAUCCCGGGGCUUCCAACCCGACGGCCUGAGGGCGGAUCCAGCCUUCGUCCAAGUCAGCCCACGGGACGCAACCCCCUCCCGUUCUCGCUCGCGGCCACGAUCAUUGGGUUCCCGUGGAAGCCGCUCCCUCAGCAGGUCUCGCAGCCGCGGUCCCAGCACAGAUCGUUAUGGGAACCCUCUCCCCGCCGACCCCGACGAGUCCGCCCGACCACGAUCCCGCCGUUCGUCUGCGUCCUGGGUAGACAAGGCACCCAAAUUCCGUGACGAAAACGGCAAGCUCGUCAAGUCUAGCCUCGCCAUCCUCGGGGCCAUCGGGGCUGCCGCGUACGUGGCGCACAGGACACUGCCAAAGGUCAUCCCUGGCUCGCACGACGAUGGCGGCGACGACAACAAGAACCGACACCAGCAAAGGUCGUCGUCCGGGGAUAAACAUGGCAGGCGCGACGACGGCCACAGACGGCGUCAUGGCGAGCGCGUAGAGCGGCACCACAGAUACGCCUCAUUCUACGAGGAGGACGGUCCGCCAUCGCGGCCUCGAGAAGACUAUCACUACCCCGACGAGCGGCGGCAGUUGCCUUCCAGCGUCAGGACUGAUCGGGCAGAGCCCGCGUGGAGUCGAGAGUCGAAUGUCACCACGACAAAGUACAUUGAACAAGCGCCACGGCCGGCAUCACGAGGCGUCGCGGGCGUCCAGCCUGGGCUAUACACAGGGAACGAUGACAAGGUGCUAUAUAUCGAUGGCGAAGGGCGGCGAUAUGUGGAGGAAUAUCGGAGCGAUCGGUUCUGGCCAGGCGGGAGACUACCUUGAGAUGGCGUUGUGCUUCUGAUCAAGUGAUGUUAGAUAACGACGAAACGAAUUAAAUGUUACUGAUUUAGCACAAUUGAGGACUUGGCAAGGCA